CACCAAGACAGAUUGGCACUCUGGGUGGGACAUAUUGAGGACUACAGGAAAGCCUGGUCGGUAAAGCCCAGUCUGGCAACAGAGACUGUUUCGGACACUGGUUCAGUGGAUGGCCCCAGAAGAGGAGGCCAGAUGGAAACUGGGUCACAUGACCGCCUCGUAGAAGGCGGUUCGUUGAGCCUGGAACCGACCAAUGGGGUGAGCCGGCAACCCAGUGACACCAAUGAAGAGGGUGGAGCCGGCCUGGACACCCAGAGGGAGCCCCAUCGGUCAGGUAGUGUUCCCCCAGGACAGGGUUGGGUACCUGGGCAGGGCAAAGCCCCUCAACCCCAGAAGCAGCUGCCCUGCAGUGGCUGGAGCAGUAGUAGUAGGACUCCUGGGAAGCCCGUCCACGAGGCAGACAUGGAGGACGCACGCAAUCUGGUAGCCUUCUCAGCCAGCGUUAAUGUGGGCUCCCUGGCCCCCAUCCCCGAGGCCCAGUCCUACACCGCCCAGCUGUAUGAAAAGUUCAACCAGGAGAUGGGCACUGCUAAGGGGGCCAAGGCUCAAGCCAGGCUCCAAGCCCCAGAGGGAGGGGACCAGGCUAGCCCACCAGAGGACUUGAACACCCUGCAGACCACCCUGAAGACUGCCCUGAGCCAGGCGAGGCACGGCCACAAGCCCCCAAACUGUGACUGUGAUGGGCCCGACUGCCCAGACUACUUGGAGUGGCUGGAAAAGAGGCUCAAACAGGCGGGGGCAGGGGAGGAGCAGGACAAUAACACACCCUGUUCCAAGAUGGCCGCCGACACGCCACCUCAUCAACAGCCACCACACUCACAACAGCCCCCUCACCCCCACCACCAUCCUCACCCCCAUGUCAAUGGAGGUAACCCGCCCUCCUGUCCACCCCUUCACCCACACCAACAGGGCCAACGCCCAGGCUCUGUCCCCUGCUCCCCUCAGGUCCUCUCCAUCGCCAAGGAGAAGAACGUCAGUCUGCAGACGGCCAUAGCUAUCGAGGCCCUGACCCAGCUGUCUGCCACCACCCCCCAGACUGUGGUCCCUCCUGCCCAGGCCUCCUCCACCAGCCACCAACAACCCCCUGUACUCCCCCAGCACGGCAACCGCUUGCUCCCCUCCUCCCCCGGCCCCAUGUCCUCUUUGUCCUCCUCGCGGUCACAAUCUGUCCCCCCUGGACUGUACCCCCAGCAGAGCUCCGGGUCGUGGGAGCAGCAGCACAGACCCCAGUCCCAGGGUCAUCCGGCCCAUGCCUCCCCUCUCCCGUCCUCCACUUUGCUUUUCCCCGGGCAGACCCAGGCAGGCAUCCCUCAGCAGUGGCAGCAGCAGCAGGCCCCUGGGGGAAUCCAAGAGCAGAGGAACCGGUGGAUGAUGAUGUACUCAGACUCCCAGCAGUCUCACUUCGCCCCUCCAUCCGGUGGCCACAGCGUUGGCGACCCCAUGUCCGAGCUCAAACAGCUACUGGGGGACUCCAGCGGAAAGUACAUAAAUGACCCUUUCAAGCUGCCCGUCCCACACCACCACAUCAAGCAGGAACCAGGGAUGCCUCAGGUCAAGCAGGAGGUAAACUCUGGGGAGUACCAGAGCUCUGCCUGUGCCUACAUGGGCAGUCGCUACGGCCUGAUGAACGGCCAGCAGCAGCCUGGGUACCCUGGUCCACCUCUCUCCGCGGGCAGCACAGCCAUCCACUACUCCACCCAGACAGCCCUGCAGCAGCACCUUCACCACAAGAGGAACCUCUUCUCUAACCCCCCCGGCCCCCCAGGCCUCUGCCCUCCACGGCCUACCCAGGCCUGCCAGAACCUCCGCAAGUGGUGGCCCCAACAGAUGGGCCCCGAGGGCCACCUCAUCCCUGUGGCCAUCAAGCAGGAGCCCAAGAGGAGGAAGAGCACGGUGGGGACAUCGCCGCUCCUCAAGCAGCCAGGGAUGCUGCACUAUCCAGGUCCAAAACCCAAGACGAUAGUCAUCAAGAAAACCAAGCAGAAGGCCUCCCUGCCAACCUUCCUGCCUCACAGCCAGAUCUCCAUACAAAAACCGUCUCCACUCACCAUGAUCGGAGCCCUGCCUCUGGCCAGCGCCCAUUCAGGUUCUCUCCCUUUCCCUACCUUCCCCCUCCUCAGUAACCCCACUCAGGCUGCUGCAGGCCUCCCAACCCCGGCCCAAUCUCAGGUAUCCAUUUUAAACUCUUCUAUUGCACGCUCUGUCACUGCUCCUGCCUUCUCUGUAAACAGUCCAGCCGUCUCAACCCCUCUGCCUCUCCCUGCAGCCCCGGACGCCCCGGCUAGCUCAGGGGAGGCCGGCGCCACACAGACCUCCACCACCUCUCAGUCCAUACCAGGCCUCAGCUCCCUGGACCCCAAGUUUGAGGAGCUGAUCCUCCAGUUCGAAGCAGAGUUCGGGGACAGUUCAUCCUCGGCCCCAGUGCCCUGCCCUCCUCAGAUCCAGCCUCAGGACCAGUCCCCCUCAGCCUCAGCCCAGCCCAACAUUACCUCAGGACAAGCCAGGACCAUGUCACCGUCCAGCACCGCCACCCAGUCCUGCAGCCCUACUCCCUUAGCUUCUACCACAGCCCCACCAGCAGACCAGGACAUGGAGGUGGACAAGGAGAAUGUGACAAGGGAUGUGAGUGAAGCAUCCUACACCCCUGCCACACAGCCCUCCAUUGAGAGCCCCAUGGAGGAGCAGCCCGAGGGGGCCCAGUUGCCUCUCUCGCUGCGCCAAGAGGUCCAUCUGGAACAGCAGCAGCACCGCGUCCUUGAAGACCCCUUCACCGUGCCUCUCUCCCCCUCCACGUCCCCGCUGCCCAAACGCAUGAAGAUCGAGACGAAUGGGAACGUGGCUGUCCUCUCCACCACUGGAUCAUUCUCUGAGGGGGGCGAGGAUGACACCCCCACUAAGGACGGCUUCCCCCUCAACCCCUCCCUAAAAGGCUUCCUGGAGUCGCCGCUACGCUACCUGGACACGCCCACUAAAAGCCUGCUAGACAUGCCCGCCAAGGACCUCCAGGCUGAGUUCCCCACCUGCGACUGUGUCGAGCAAAUCCUAGAGAAGGAUGAGGGUCCGUACUACAAUCACUUGGGCUCUGGGCCCACUGUGGCCUCCAUACGAGACCUGAUGGAGACCAGGUAUGGAGAGAAGGGAGAUGCUAUCCGUAUUGAAAAGGUAGUCUACACCGGCCGGGAAGGCAAGAGCUCUCAGGGAUGUCCCAUCGCCAAGUGGGUGAUUCGUCGGGGCAGUGAUACAGAGAAGUUGCUGUGUCUGGUGCGUCCCCGGGCGGGUCACCACUGUCCCAACGCCUUCAUCAUCAUCCUCAUCAUGGCGUGGGAGGGCGUGCCCCGGGCGCUAGGCGACAAGCUCUAUCGAGAGCUCUCCGCCACCCUCACACAGUUCGGCAACCCCACUAGCCGCCGCUGUGGACUCAACGACGAUCGUACGUGCGCGUGCCAAGGCAAGGACCCCGACAGCUGUGGAGCUUCCUUCUCCUUCGGCUGUUCCUGGAGCAUGUACUUCAACGGCUGCAAGUACGCCCGCAGCAAAACGCCACGCAAGUUCAGACUAGCAGGAGACCACCCCCAAGAGGAGGAUCAACUCAGGGAUAACUUCCAGGAUCUGGCCACUGAGGUGGCUCCCCUGUACAAGCAGCUGGCCCCACAGGCCUACAGUAACCAGUGUCAGAAUGAGACGAAAGCCACAGACUGCAGGUUGGGUCUGAAGGAAGGCCGGCCGUUCUCCGGAGUCACGGCCUGUAUGGACUUCUGUGCCCAUGCCCACAAGGACCAGCACAACCUCUACAACGGCUGCACUGUGGUGUGCACUCUGACGAAAGAGGACAACCGUAGUGGGGAGAUCCCAGAGGACGAGCAGCUCCACGUACUUCCCCUCUACAAGGCCGCCCUCACAGACGAGUUCGGCAGCGAGGAGGGCCAGCGUCAAAAGAUGCGUACAGGCGCCAUUCAGGUGCUCAACAACUUCCGCCGCGAGGUCCGCAAGCUGCCCGAGCGCGCCAAGUCCUGCCGCCAGCGCCGCCUGGACGCUAAGAACCGUGCCUCCGAGAAGAAGAAGGGCAAGCAGCAGCCGCCAACGCCCACAGAGACGCCGGAGAAACCCGGGAUCAAGAUGGAGGUCCGGCACGCUGGCUCCCCUGUCAGACAGAAUGGCAGUAAAGCCAUCCCUAAGCAGGAGGUGAAGCCCACCAUAAAGAAGGAGCCAGUGGACCAGCGCUUCCAGCCCUUCCAUGGUCAGCUGGAGGGCUACCCUGCCCAGGCUGCCGACCCCUACCACGUCUACCCCUCCCGCCCUGGCUACUACGCACGGGGAGGCCUCUCUUCCAAUGGCCAGCCCCCUGCACUUCCACCUCCACCAGGCCCUGUCAAUGGCUACCGCCCUAAUCUACCGGCAGCACUGCCCUAUAGCUACUACACCUACCCCCCCAACCCUAGCACACUUUUCCCCCAUGAGCUCACUUACGAGGGCUGCAACGGCUCCUGGCACCACAUGGGGCCCAAGUUUUCCCCCAGUCCUGUGGACAAGAAGCCAGACGUUCAGAGCCUCCAGGCCAGGCUGGCUCACUCCUACUCGAGCCCAGGCCACCUUGAGCAGCAUGGAGACCCAGCCAACCAACACCAACGCAGCACUUACCCACACCCUCACCAGCCUGACUACAACCAAUCACGUCCCUCCUCAGCCUCCUCAGAGCCCUCCCACAGAGACCCUGUCAUCAAGCAGGAGCCCAUGGAUAUGCCAGUUUAUAAGGAGGUCAAUGCCCAGAGCUGUCCCAGCAUGCCCAGCACCACCCUUCAGCCUGGUGCUGCUGGAGGGCCCUGGCAUGGGCACAAGCCCAACGGCAUUAGGGUGCCCAGCAGUUGGGAAGGCAACCUCCAACCACCAGGCCCCCCGGAGGUUCCCUUCACUUCAGACAAGCAGCAGUUUCACCAGCACGGACCUCACCAGACUUUCCAGUCCCCAUACCUCCAAGAGCAGCAUCAGCAUCCCCCACAACAGCCCUCCCCAUACUCCCAGCAGUGGAACUCUUACCAUGGCCCAAACACCCCCACGGCCUCCCCUGCUCCCUCCCCGUCCCCCUCCAUAAAGAUACCCCCGUCCCCCUUUCCCUCCUCACACCCCGGCACCCCACACCACUGGGACAGCCCUGAUUCCAGUCCUCAGCCUAAGGCUUGGCCCAUGGGCAUGGUUCCUGCUGGUUAUAGCCCCAGUCCCGUCGGAGGCUUCCCCGACAAGAUGUGGUCCAAGGCGGGCGAGAGUUGGGGCUCGACCCCCUUGGGGCUCCAGGAGAAGGCCUGGAAGUCUUCCGGAGGCUCUAUGGCAGGUACACCGUCCCCGGCCCCAGAGGGACGCUUGUUCCCCGAUGCCCUACAGCAGUCGGAUGGACAGUCCCAGGCUGAGACUCCUCGCAACCUCGAGGAGGAAGAGCGGUGGUCGGACAGCGAGCAUAACUUCUUGGACCCCAGCAUCGGAGGGGUGGCGGUGGCGCCCGCCCACGGGUCCAUCCUGAUUGAGUGCGCCCGGCGCGAGCUGCACGCCACCACACCGCUCAAGAGGCCCGACCGCUCUCACCCCACCCGCAUCUCCCUAGUGUUCUACCAGCACAAGAACAUGAACCAGCCGUGCCACGGCCAGUGGAUCUGGGAGGCCAAGAUGAAGAUGCUGGCGGAGCGGGCUAGAGAGAGGCAGCAGGAGGCAGCUCUACUGGGGCUGCCCUACGACGACAUCAAACCUGGGAAGAAACGCAAAUUGGGGGCCACGGCAGCAGGGGCCAGCCCGGGGCCUGGCCAGACCACGGACAAGAGAGAGGGGCCGGUGACACGGCUGGCCUCCACGCGACACACCACCUCUACCAUCACUGUAUCCCCCUACGCCUUUACCACCCUCACCGGGCCCUACAGCCACUUUGUGUGAGGAUGGAUGGACACAGACUGGUGGAGGGAGAGAGGGCUGACCAGGCCAGGGAGGAGUGUCUCAGCCCUUCCUUUAGUCCCGUGUCUCUCUCCAUCCUUCUCUUCCUGCUCUGUUUCCUCUGGGCUGGAAGGAGGGGGACUACUGGUUUAACUUCUCUUUUUGUUUUGUUUGUUUUUGUACCUCAUGUCAGGCAGCAGUUUGGACCAGACCCUGGGCCAGACAGACACGCUGCCUGUGGUGCUCGUCCUCUUUCCUCCGCGGGGGGGGGGGGGGGACUCCAUCGCUUCUCCUUCUUCAUAGAAUUUUAAUGAUCCUCCUAAUUAUUACUAUUAUUAUCAAUAUUAUUACGAUUGCUAUUGUUACUGUCAAUGUUGUUAUUACAGGUAUUGUUAUUUUUAUGAUGCUGAGUUGAUUUGUUUGUUUUGUUUGAUAUGGUUGUUUUGUCAUUCAUGUUGUUAUUAAUGAUGUGAUUGGUUUAGGUUUUUCCCCGAGGGGUUCUGUCUCUCAGUCGGAUCUUUAUUUUUUCCCAUAUUUCUGGAAAUCUGCCCAUUUCUUUGUUGUUUUUCCUUAGGCCUUUGACAUUCUUGUGACUGUACUUGGAGAAGGGCCUUUCUCAGCACUGCAAGGCUCCUCAAGACAGUCUUUCCAGCAUGGAAUUCUAAACAUUUGAAUCACUAAUCAUUACCAAAAGAGUGAAGAGAAACGCCACCACCCACAGAAACUUCUCUGAACCAUCCGGUUUUUAGCAACGUCCCCAAACUCUUAAAAAAAAACUCCUGUCUUGUCUGCCUUGCUGUGAAGAGAAGGGUUCUACUCUCGUCAUUGUUCCUCUCACCCUACCAAUCCACCUCACUCUAUUGGUGCUUCAUGUUGACCUUCAUCCUUUUCACAGGGAGGAUGUCAGUCACUCCAUUUCUCUACUCUUCAUGGCACUAGAUGCUGAAUAUAAGGAAUUGGGUGCUUCUAUGGCAUAGACGUAGAGUGAGUAGAACAACAGGCACUGGAAGUCCUCGUCAUCCUUCAGGUGUUGGUUGAGAGAUCUAUCCCUCCAGUUCUAUGACUCCCCUGUAAGCCCCUGUAAAAUGGUGCACUGAUACACACAGACACACGCACACACACAAAGCUCUUGUCAUCCAGCCAGCACAGAGCAAUGCCUUACUGCUUUAAACCACCGAGGCAUGGCCGCCAAAGUCUGGUCCUUCCAACGACCGCAGGCAGCACAGGCCACGCAAGGCCUUUACACUGAAACCGGAGACAUAAGAUGGGAAUAGUGUGUGGACAGAAAUGCACUCCUAAACACACACUGGUGCUUUCUCUACGCAUGUCGACACACCAAGGGCUCAGUCAGUCAGUCCUGCUUCUGCAUGGUGCUGUUUGUUGUCUUGAAGCAGAGCUAGGUUUGUCUCUAUGCAGACAUUGUCACAACAGAGCCAGUAAAACCUUAUUCACCAAUCCUGGCUGCCUCUGCAUUGGCCCUAAGUCAUCAAGUGUUGCAGUCAGUGGGUUGAACCCCAGCUGUCUCUGUCUAAUGUGCACCACAGUGGACUGGGCUACAAGAGGUUGUGAAUCUUUUUUUCCACAUCUUGCACUAAGAUCCUCCUCAGCCUGUUAGAGAGGCCUCUCACUCAGUGCAGUGCAGUGCUGCAUGUUGUAUCCAGCUCUUAGCUUGUGUGUGUGUGUGUGUGUGUGUGUGUGUGUGUGUGUGUGUGUGUGUGUGUGUGUGUGUGUGUGUGUGUGUGUGUGUGUGUGUGUGCGCGUGCGUGCGCGCCAGUGUGUGUGUGUGUGUGUGUAAGUGCGUGUGAGAACCAGAGCCUGCUUGGUGCUCACUUCUGAGAUGAAAAACCCUGGUGCUUAUGAAGUUGUCGAUAUAGAGCUCUCUAUACCUCAACGUUGCAGAGACACUGGUCAUGGUUGCAAAAAGCUAGAAACACACACACACAGGCACCAGAGAGGACAGAGAAACAUGAUGAACAUUAGUCCACAGCUUCCCUGUGUGCUCUCUUAUCUAAACUCAUUUUAAUCCACUUUUUUAUUCUUAUUUAUUACAUGAUAAUGAUGAUUGUUUUUCGUUUUUUUUAAUAGGUAAUACAAAUUGUACAUACAGAAGAAAAGAUUUUAUAAAAGCACUUUUAAUCUUGAAAAAAUAACAGAUUAUUGACAACUUGAAGCUUCGUUUUUUUGGUUUGUGUUUUUUUUUGGGGGGGGGGAGAAAAAAAUGUAAAUAUUUAAAAUAUUUAGGUAAGAUUAUUUAACUGGUGAGGGAUAAUGACUAAAUCAUGAAUGAUUCCAGGCUUUUAAGUCCAGUCAGUUUGUCAGACAGCCUUCAGCAGCAGAAAGCAACACAGUGAUUUCCAAUAUGUUGUUGUGUCUGUAGAUGUAUACUCAAUACUGCUGUCCGGUUUUCAUUAGUACUGUACUACACGAUACCUCUGACAGCAACCAACCAGUCCCCCUUCGUGAGAAGAGAUAGACCUAAUCAGUAAUCAGGCUGCUUAUAAACCUGAGUAUGAUAUCUAGCUAUCCGUUCUGAGAACCAAUGCUCAACGAAGGGCUCUGUAAUCAAUCCGUAUCGCAGGAAUUCAGUGGUAAAGCCCAAUUGAAAUUUAAACGCAACGGUCUGGUGUUGGAAGAGACGGCAUUCCCACUAAAUGCAUCACAUGUCGGCGCAAUCGGAAAUGACUACAUUUCUAUCACGAAAUCUGUUAACGCUUCAACGAUACGGAUUGAAUAGAGCUCAAAAUGUUUUUUUUUGUUUGUUUUUUUAACACGAGAAUCAAACAGGUGCCGAAUCAAACUCAUCAGAAAUGUGUGAGAGAACUCUAGUGACAGAGGUGAGGUGUAGCCCCAGCCAUCGAUCUUGUUCAUUGUGUUAGACUGUGAGGUGAGAGGUUGCCACCGCCGUAAGUCAUUUUUAAUGUGGUUGUUGGUUAUUAUUAUCAAUGAUAGUGAUUAUAACAGUAGUAAACGAUGUAACCCUAAUGAAAAAACAUGACAACUUAACACUUGUAGUAACCAGACUGAAGGUACAGUGUAUUACUGGAAGACACCAGGUAAUAAUACCUGGUAGUAUAGUUUGUAAUAUUGUCUUUCGUUAAUUGUCAUAGAUUGUCACAGACAUGACCAACAGGACUUUGACUAAUUUAGGGACUGGGCUGGAAAAUAUGCCUGUUCCUUUGUCUCACAACUACUCAUGAUCCUAUUUCAACUGUAUUCUAUUCUCACUUUAAGAACAAACUCCCCCCUUUUAAAAAACGACAAUGCGUGAGUCACACACAGUUAUAAUGAUUCAGGCAUAUUUAUGAUCCGUAUGUAAUAAUGGGUGCCGGUCAUUAUAUUCUUCAGAUGAAUUUUGUACAUUUCUAUACAAGAUGUGAUGGAAAUAACAGAAACAUGCUCAAAGGAGGCUGGUGCUAUGGUGCCUCCCCCCACCGUGGAAUAGUGUGUGUUGGAGGGGGGGGGGGGUUAUAUCACUGAUAUUUUUUAGAGCUCUUAGAUAAGAGGAACUAUUAUUUUAAAUAUGUCAGUUUCAGUGGAUGGGGAACUGCUCUGGUGCUGAUCUUAUGGGAACGUCCCAUUCAUGUUCAAGGCAGUGAACAAAACAAAAAAUGACAACUGUUGAAUUGAAGCACUCACACAUUUCAUACAUACACUUUUAUUAAUCCUUGUCCCCAUAAGGUACUUUUAACUGGUAUGGGGAUUGAAUGAUCAUAUUAUAUUGAAGUGAACAGACUGUUAUCUUAAUUGAAAACUUGUUGCAGUGUAUGUGCGGAAGCUAUUCUAUUAAACAUUACUGUUUUGGGGUAUGUUGUACAUUUUAAUGGUGAGGGGAGAAUGUUAAAAUAUUGGAACAAUUGUGUACUCCCACGCUAUUUUUCUCCCUCAUGCACUUAUUUUCUUAUGUACUUAUACACUCACUAACUGCUUACACAUCUCACAUAUUUCCUCACAUACUUUCCAGCUCUCUCUCUCCCUCUAUCCUUUUCUCCUUCUCAUAAACACACACACAAAUAUUAUCACAAUUUAUACCCCCCUCUCAGUUCUCAAGCUGGGCUCAAGCUUAAAUCCUGCCCCAAAUAAACAGAAAACAAACAAAACACCACAACUGGCAGCUACAUUCCUUUUUGAGUUCAAAGAUUGUUCUUGGUUCUAUUUUUUCAUGUCAAGUAUGCAGUAUGUAAAAAAGUUGUUUUGUUUUUGUUCAGUCUCUCUUUGUAGCUGUAUGGUGUAUUAUGUGAAUACAUAGUGUAUGUGGUACAACCCACAAUAUUGUUUUAUGUUGCGCGAUAAAUAAAAAGCUAAAAAUGAAAAUCA